CGACUAUACUCGAAAAAGGAGUAGUGCAGCCAGUAAAGAGCUAACACCAAACGUUGGCAGAACUGUAGACAAACUACUUUCGAAAACAACAUUAUGUAUAUCCAAGGACGAUUCUUGUUGCUGAAACUUUUGGCGAUGCAACUUUGUGUUCUUCAGAAACCAGCAUCAGCCACUUACCCAGACAUACGAGAGUUUAUGUUGAAUCCUCCGAGAACCUGGACAUACAAUGCGACCCUGAAUUUCUCAUACAGUUGCAAAGUGGACGUUGCCAUAAACAAAAGUGGAAGAGACAUUUACUUUAACCGGUCCACAAUCGAGAAAACGGGCAUCAUCAUGUCUGGCAUUCGCAUAGGACAUACUUAUCAGAGCUACGACCUCAGUGGGAGGCCCUGGAAUGUCAUGUUCAUUACUGACUAUCUGACUGGCUACACGCGCCAGCAGGUUAAGUUUUUUAUACCAGGAGUGUGCGCCGUUAAUAAGGUUGAAAGAUACGAUGACACAUUUCCCCCAAACUAUGAGCUUCUUGUUAAAGAUAGUAUGCUGGAUGGACCUCCCCGAAUUUGCCUUAAAAGGUAUCAGAAGUUCGUGAACCAAACAGGCAGACCCAGCAAGCCUGUAUAUAACAAAGAGUGCGAAAGAAACUUAAAAGUAAUCAGAAGAAAUACCAGUCAUUUCUGGAUGUUCUGAUAAAAGGAGCCAUACUCUUCAAAAAUAUGAAGAAUAAAUAUUACCAUGCAAAACUA